AUGGCAGAGAUGUACGAGGCUUGGAUGAGUGGACAACCUCCACCAUCUUCAAUCCGAGACUAUUUUAAUAUAAAUAUGUCUCACCCUAUCCAGGUGUCGACAAGCGAUCCGAUAUAUCCCCCUGGAUUCAUCCCCUAUGCUAACACAUUCAAUGUCGCUGGAACUUCCAUGGUGCGCCCUUCGAAUACGCCUGUGCUAAGUAAUCCACUCUUUGUGUCAACUGCCCCGACUAACAGCAUCUCGCAGCCAACGAUGGUGCCCAAAUCCAACAGUGAUCCUCCGCCCAAAGUUCGGCGUGAACAGAAUUACACUCUUGAAGAGGCCAUUAAAAUUACAAGCUCUCAUCCCCAUAUUCAUCAAUAUAGUUCCCCUGUCGAAAUUGAGAAGAUGGUCAAGAAUGAGGAACAUGAAGAAAUGACUAAGAAAAUGAAGAGUUUGGAACAAAGUAUAAGAGAUAUGCAAGGACUAGGAGGCCACAAAGGCAUCUCGUUCAGUGACUUUUGUAUGUUUCCUCAUGUCCACUUGCCUGCUGGUUUUAAAAUUCCAAAGUUUGAAAAAUACGAUGGUCGCGGAGACCCCAUAGCUCAUCUAAAGAGAUAUUGCAACCAAUUGAGGGGUGCAAAGGGCAAAGAAGAGUUACUUAUGGCCUAUUUUGGGGAAAGCUUAAUAGGGAUUGCAUCUGAGUGGUUCAUAGAUCAGGAUAUCACCAACUGGCACACAUGGGAUGAUUUGGCUCGAUGUUUUGUACAACAAUUCCAAUAUAAUAUUGACAUUGUUCCAGAUCGCUCCUCGUUAGCCAACAUGAGAAAAAAGACCACGGAAAAUUUUCGUGAAUAUGCUAUCAGAUGGAGGGAACAAGCUGCUAGGGUUAAACCACCGAUGAAGGAGUCAGAGAUGGUUGAUGUUUUUCUCCAGGCGCAAGAACCUGAUUACUUUCACUAUCUGCUUUCUGCCGUAGGGAAGACAUUCGCUGAAGUUAUUAAGGUAGGGGAAAUGGUGGAAAAUGGCAUAAAGUCUGGAAAGAUUGUAAGUCAAGCUGCCUUAAAAGCCACAACACAAGUGCUUCAAAAUGGUUCUGGAAAUAUUGGAGGGAAGAAGAGAAGGGAGGAUGUGGCCGCUAUUGUAUCAGCGCCUAGGACUCAUGUUCUAGGUAAUUCCCCACAACACUAUUUUCCUUCCCAAGCUCCACAAUAUUCUAUGCCAUACACUCCAUAUCAUGUUCUUAAUGCACAACCAAUUGCACCCCCUUCUUAUCCACAAUGGCGUGCACCAACUCCACAAAAUCAUCCACCACCCCCACAAGUUCAUCAAAAUAUUGCUAGAAUUCCUUUCCGUCCUAGACCACAAUACAAAAAGGGAAAUGGCGUUAAAGGUGAGUUCACUCCUAUUGGGGAGUCGUAUGCUAGCUUGUUCCAAAAAUUAAGGACAUUGAAUGUUUUGAGUCCUAUUGAGAGAAAGAUGUUGAAUCCUCCCCCGAGAAAUUUGGAUUAUUCUCAACAUUGCACAUAUUGUUCUAAUGCCCCAGGGCACAACAUAGAGAGAUGUUGGUAUUUGAAAAGGGCCAUUCAGGAUUUGAUCGAUUCUAAUCGAAUUAUAGUUGAAAGUCCGAGUGGACCCAACAUCAAUCAAAAUCCAUUAUCAAGGCAUACUGAAACAAACAUGCUAGAAAUGAUGAAGGGUCAUGAAGAUUUUGCAUCUCUGUAUAAGCCAAUCCUUAGGGUUGGAACUGGCAUUGAGAAGUCAGCAAAUGUUGUUGAUUUAACAAAAAUGAUGCCUUUAGGGGCGGAAAGUGUGUUAGAAAAGUUGAGUCCAUCAAACACACCCAUCUUAACUGUGAAUGGAGCCCUUGAAGAUGUUUGGGCAAGCCCGAGUAAGGCAAAAUCGUAUGUUCCAAAAGGGCCAAACAAGCCUAUCUUGAUCAUGCGAGGGUCCCACAUUCCUCUUGUGAUUAUCAGGCCAGUACCCCAGCUCCCAAUGACUAACCCCAUAGUUGUUCCUUGGAAUUAUGAGCCUACUAUCGUUACAUACAAGGGAAAAGAAAUAGAUGAAGAAAUAGAUGAAGUGGGAGGAAUAACCCGUUCAGGAAGAUGUUAUGUCCCGAUGGAAUUAAGGAAAACUAAAAAUGAUCAAACACAAAUAAAGAGUCUGGUCACUGAAGGAGAGGCAGAGGAAUUCCUAAGGAAGAUGAAACUAUCAGACUACUCCGUGGUGGAACAAUUAAGAAAAACUCCAGCCCAAAUCUCUUUGUUGUCUUUGCUAAUACAUUCUGAUGAACAUCGUAAGGCUGUAAUGAAAAUUUUGAAUGAAGCACAUGUUCCUAGUAAAGUUACAGUAAGUCAGUUAGAGAAGAUUGCUGGGAGAAUAUUUGAGGUAAACCGCAUCACCUUUUCAGAUGAUGAACUACCAAAAGAAGGUACAGGACAUAACCAAGGCCUACAUAUCACUGUAAAGUGUGAGCUUUCAUAUGUCACUCGAGUUCUAAUUGAUGGAGGAUCUGGAGCAAAUAUUUGUCCUUUAUCAACUCUACAGAAAUUGAAUGUUAGUGCUGAAAAGGUCCGACCCAACAAUGUAUGUGUUAGAGCUUUUGAUGGGUCAAAAACAGAUGUUAUUGGUGAGAUAGAGCUCGUACUAACCAUAGGGCCUAUGGAUUUCGCUGUGAAUUUUCAAGUGUUGGAUAUCAACGCGUCCUACAAUCUAUUGUUGGGGAGGCCAUGGGUGCAUAGGGCUGGAGCAGUCCCCUCAACAUUGCAUCAAAUGAUUAAGUUUGAACACGACUGA